AUGCCGCCUAAGCAGGCCACUCUUGGCAAGUUCUUCGGCAAGCCCAAUGGCACGGCGUCGAAGCCACAACAAUCGAAGCUAGCGUUCUCGACAAAGCCGAAGAAGGAGGAGGAGAAGGUCGAAGAUGCAGCAGACGAACCCGCAUCGUCUGGCGAGCCGGCCGUGAAGGCGGAAGAGGAAGAUACGGUGGCUGGUGCCAGUGCGAAGGUGGAGGAUGCGCAGAAUGGUGAUAAGAUGGAUGUGGAUAGUGAUGCUUCGAGUACGGCGGGGAAGAAGAGACAGGUUAAGGAGGAGACGGAUUCGGAGGAUGAGCCGCCGUCGAAGAGACAGCGGAGGAGGACGCCUGUGAAGCAGAAGGGUGAAAGUAAAGCGAAGGGGAAGGCGGCAUCUCCCAAGGCUAAAAAGGUGGAGCUGAAGAAGGAGGAUGCAUCCGAAGAUGGCUCAGCAGAUGAGGUGGUGAAAAGCCCCCCUGCCAAAGCAGCAGCGUCGAAGAAGCCGGAGGAGAAGUCAGUGUCAUCACCUGCAGCUGAGAAGUCCGAUGUGGAGGAAGAGGAUGAUGAAGAAGUCGAAUCCGACGAAGAACCACCAGCAGCCAAGCAAAAGGCGCGAAAGAAGGUCCAAACUACACUGACGUCCAACACGAAGGACCCAUAUCCCGAUUGGAAGCCUGGUGAGCCAGUGCCCUAUGCCGCACUCUGUACAACUUUCUCCAAGAUCGAGAUGACGCGGGCGAGAUUAGAGAUUUCGGCGCAUUGCUCUCUAUUCCUUCGACAAGUCCUUCGUCUAUCGCCUAAUGAUCUACUUCCCACAAUUCUCCUAAUGAUCAACAAGCUCGCCGCCGACUACUCUGGAAUCGAACUUGGAAUUGGUGAAUCUCUGAUCAUGAAAGCGAUUUCCGAAAGUACAGGUCGCACAUUAAGUCAUAUCAAGGACGACCAGAAGCACAUCGGUGAUCUCGGUCUUGUUGCAGCUAAAAGUCGAUCACGACAGCCAACCAUGUUCAAGCCAAAGGCUUUGACCGUGCCAGGCGUGCACAAGAGCUUAAUGGCUAUCGCCACGACUACUGAAGGUCAAGGUGCACAGGGCCGCAAGGUCGAUGGCAUCAAGAAGCUUCUCUCUGCUGCAGAUGCACACAGUGCAGGAAAGUCCGUUGACAUCGAGAAGGAUAAGGGUGGUCCUAGCGAAGCAAAAUUCAUUGUUCGAACGUUGGAAGGCAAGUUGCGGCUUGGUUUGGCUGAGAAAACUGUUGUGGUCGCUUUGGCACAUGCCAUGAUAACCCAUGAGGUCUCGCAAAAAGGCAACAAGACUCCUUCGACUGCAGACUUGGCGAAGGCUGAAUCAACACUGAAAUCGGUCUACAGCGAACUUCCAAGUUACGAGGUCAUUAUUCCAGCAAUGCUCGAACACGGUAUUUUCAACUUAAAGGAUAACUGCCGCUUGCAACCCGGUGUCCCCCUCAAGCCUAUGCUUGCCAAACCAACAAAAUCCAUCACCGAGGUUCUGGACCGCUUCGAAGAGAAGGAAUUCACUUGCGAGUACAAGUACGAUGGCGAGCGUGCUCAGAUUCAUUUCGUUGCACACGGCGCCGACGUAGAGCUCGCUACCGCAGCGCCAACAGCCGGCAAGAGUGAAAAGGGUGUUUCGAACAUCUUCUCCCGAAAUUCGGAAGAUCUUUCGAAGAAGUAUCCCGACAUAUUGGCCAAGCUUGCGACGUGGGUGCAAGAUGGUACCACAAGCUUUGUGCUCGAUUGCGAAACAGUUGCCUGGGACAUGGAAGAGAAGAAAGUCUUGCCAUUCCAGCAGCUGAUGACCAGGAAACGGAAGGAUGUCAAGGUCGAAGACGUCAAGGUCAAGGUUUGUGUGUUCGCGUUCGACAUGCUCUAUCUUAACGGCGAGGCACUUGUCAACAAGACAUUCCGUGAGCGACGUGAACUCCUCCACAAGGCAUUCGUGCCUAUAGAAGGCGAAUUCGCCUUCGCCAAGUUCAAAGACACAAACGAGCUAGACGAAAUCCAGGUCUUGCUUGAAGACUCCGUGAAGGCCUCAUGCGAAGGUCUCAUGGUCAAGAUGCUUGACGGUCCCGAAAGCUCCUACGAACCCAGCAAACGCUCGCAAAACUGGCUGAAAGUCAAGAAGGAUUACCUGUCCGGCGUAGGUGAUUCCCUCGAUCUCGUAGUGCUAGGCGCAUAUCACGGCAGGGGCAAACGUACAAAUUGGUACGGCGCCUUCCUCCUCGCCUGCUACAACCCGAACACGCAGAACUACGAGACGGUCUGCAAUAUUGGCACCGGGUUCAGCGAAGCCAUUCUCGACACUUUACAUACAGAGCUCUCCAAGAUCACGAUCGAUCGCCCCAAGCCAUUCUACACGCAUUCCUCAGGCAACAAAGACCAGCCAGACGUCUGGUUCGAGCCCAAGUACGUGUGGGAAGUCAAGACGGCGGACUUGACUCUCAGCCCGAGAUACAAAGCCGCGGCGGAUGAGGUUGGUAGCGGGGGCAAGGGUGUCAGUCUAAGAUUCCCACGAUUCAUAAAGGAGAGAGAUGAUAAGAAGCCGGACCAGGCGAGCACGUCGAGGAUGAUUGCGGAUAUGUAUCGGAACCAGGAGAGUGUCGGCAAGACUAAGGGCCCGAGUGUUGAUGACGACUUUGAGUAUUAA